AUGGAUGCCGACAAUACAAGCGAAAAAGCAAAAACCGAACAACAUAACAAUGCCACUCUCCUUAAGAGGCGCCGACGAACAAGAGAGAGUAAAUGGGAUAUACCCGAUGAAGUACCGGAGGCUGUGGGCGAUUUAGCCGACAAACCGGUUAACGAUGGCCAGAAGAAGCGGCAACGCCGUCUCUACGUUGGAAACCUACCUCCCGGCACCAACUAUAAAGAUUUGAUGAGUUUUCUACUUGCAGCGCUGCGUCUCUCUGAUGAUUUAUCUGAAACGAACGGCGCUACGCCACCUAUAUCGAAAACAGAGAUUUUUAACGUUGACCAAGGAUAUUGUUUCUUAGAGUUCUCCACCGCUGAACUGGCUGAUGUAUGCUUCAAACUGGAUGGGAUUAAUUACAAGGGACACACAUUAAAGAUACGGCGCCCUAUUGAAUAUGGUACAACCUCAAGCUCUGACGACACCAAGGUGUUCGUACAGAACAUUCCACCGACAAUGAGCGAUGCAGACAUAAAGACGUUGUUAGAGAAACAUGGGAAACUUAGUUCAGCCAAUCUGGUCAAGGAUUUGAAGACUGGUCAAAACAAGGGGUAUGGAUUCUUUGAGUACGAUGACUCGAGAGCGGCCAAAAUGGCGGUAUGCCACUUGAAUGGCCAUGUAGUGGACAAACACGCUUUGAGCGUAAAACAUGCAGCAUUUAGCUAUUUCGCUUCGGGAGGUAAACUGACGGAUAGCAAGGCCACCAAUCUGCCAAACUCUGUCACGCAGACCAUCCUCAGCAAUCCGCUUUUGGGUCUGCAGAUGCAGUCCGGAAGACGCACGGGCGCACAGCCGUCUAGAGUGGUACAACUGCUCAAUAUCGUCUUUCACGAGGAUCUGAUACACGACAAAAAGUAUCAUGAGUUGAAAAACGCCAUAAUAGAAGAGGCAAAAAAAUAUGGGCAUUUGGAAGACGUUGUGAUACCGCGACCAAAUGACGAUUUAUCAUAUCGUGAAGGUGUUGGCAAAGUGUUCCUCAAAUUUGGAGAUGAUGUGUCAGGCCGAAGGGCGCAGUACAUGUUGAACGGCCGGGUUUUCGACCGGAAACGUGUUGUGUGUGCGGCCUUUUUCCCGCUGGAGCGCUUCGCAAGAGGCAAAUAUACCCUAGUUUAG